AUGUCUAAGUCAUUUGAGUUCCCCAAAAUUCAUUCAUUUCCCCCAUUUUAUACAAAACAACCAAAUCAGACUAUAUUAAACCAACAAUUAGAAUCAUGGAUGAAUAUAGUUUUAACAUAUUGUGAAUUUUAUAAAAUUACAAGUUUAUCAAUUGAUGGAAUACCGAAGUUUAAAUCCACAACAGAGGAGAAUAAUGCCCUACCCCCCAUAUUUUCAAAUGAUGAAAUUAAACGUAAUUGUAAUUCUGAAUUCAAACAUUUAAUACUACAACAUUUAAUACAUCAACAUAAAGCAGAAUUUAUAAAUCAGAAAAAACCAGAAUUGGGAAUAUAUAUAUAUUGGAGAUCUUUAGUUGGUUGGAGUGAUUUAUUAUAUCAAUAUGUAGAUAAAACGGGACAACGUGGAGCAAUAUUGACAAUUUAUGAAUUGACACAACCUGAUGACCUGGAAGGUUAUAUUCCUCAAGAAUUAAAAAAUUUAGAUACCGAAUUUUUAAUUAAGAUUAUUAAAGAAGUUUUGGUUAAACAAGGAAAAGCCCAAUUGCUAAUUAAUGAAGAUAAUGAAAUUGGAGGUGUUAAAAUUGUAUAA